CUCAUUCCAACACGAGAACCCACUGUAACAACUUCCAACCACUGAGACAUGACAGGCAGGAGCCCAGAGGCAGCAGCAGCAGCAAGAGCAGCAGCACCAGCACACACUCUGCACAGGGAGCAGCAUUAGCACCAGGGGAAUACUACACACAACAAUACAAACAAACAAACAAACAAACAGACAAAGCCCCCCCAAGCCCAAGGGACUGGAUUCCAACUCAGAUUCAAGCCACAGCUGACACCAAAAAGGGUGGGAAAUUACGACCAGGGGGGGCCAGAAAGGAAUAACCAAGGAAGCGAACUCCAAGAGUGUAAACGGGAUUCAGCCAUGAUCCUUUUUUCAUCUCGCAGUGUGUUACUCUCAGUGUAUUACCCUCAGAUUUUCCUCAUCCUUACCAGUGGGAGUUACCUAGCUUUGUCAUCUGUGGUGGCUUUAGGAGCCAACAUAAUCUGCAACAAGAUCCCCGGCCUGGCUCCCCGGCAGCGCGCGAUCUGCCAGAGCCGCCCCGAUGCCAUCAUCGUGAUCGGGGAGGGGGCGCAGAUGGGCAUCAAUGAGUGCCAGUACCAGUUCCGCUACGGGAGGUGGAACUGCUCUGCCCUGGGAGAGAAAACAGUCUUUGGACAAGAGCUCCGAGUAGGAAGCAGGGAGGCCGCGUUCACCUAUGCCAUUACUGCUGCCGGGGUUGCACACGCUGUCACGGCCGCCUGCAGCCAGGGCAACCUCAGCAAUUGCGGCUGUGACCGAGAGAAACAGGGCUACUACAACCAGGAGGAGGGCUGGAAGUGGGGAGGCUGCUCCGCGGAUAUCAGAUACGGCAUUGAGUUCUCCCGGAGGUUUGUUGAUGCCCGAGAAAUCAAAAAGAAUGCCCGGAGGCUGAUGAACUUGCACAACAAUGAGGCUGGAAGAAAGGUUCUCGAAGAGAGGAUGAAACUGGAGUGCAAGUGUCACGGAGUUUCAGGCUCCUGUACAACCAAGACCUGCUGGACAACACUUCCUAAAUUCAGAGAGAUUGGAUAUAUUUUGAAAGAGAAAUACAAUGCUGCAGUGCAGGUGGAGGUGGUACGAGCCAGUAGACUAAGACAGCCAACCUUCCUGAAGAUCAAGCAGAUUAAGAGCUACCAGAAACCCAUGGAAACGGAUUUAGUGUACAUUGAAAAGUCACCUAACUACUGUGAGGAAGACGCUUCCACAGGGAGUGUCGGGACCCAGGGCCGGCUCUGCAACCGCACGUCUCCCAGCGCGGACGGGUGCGACAUGAUGUGCUGCGGGCGGGGGUACAACACGCACCAGUACACCAAGGUGUGGCAGUGUAACUGCAAAUUCCACUGGUGCUGCUUUGUGAAGUGCAACACGUGCAGCGAGCGGACAGAGGUGUUCACCUGCAAAUAACGGCCCCGCGCGAGCCACGCAGCGAACCCCGCGAGCCACGAGAGGGGAGCACAACACACCCCAGCAUCCUUUGCACAUCUCACACUGGGGACAGAACCCCGGCCAACACACAACCACUCUCUCCCCACUACUACCCACACCUCUAAGGAUGGUGCAUUUUGGCUGGCUGGCUGUUGUAACUGCUUUGGAAACAAGGGCAACAGGAUUAAGGUGAUGUUGACAACCACAUGAAACUUUCUCUUUCUUUUUUUUUUUUUUUAAACUACAAUCUGGGUGUUGUAGAGUUCUCUUAGUGUUUUAAGUUAUACAUAUCAGAGAAGCUGAUUGCAUUGCAGUUCCCACGACAUUUAAAAGAAAAAGACACUUUUUCCUAUUUUACAGCAACUAAACUGUCGAGUCCUGUGCAAACAAAGACUUUUUUUUUUUUUAAGAAAAUGAAAUCUUCACUGACUAGAACGCAGCAGUCUUGCUGCAAAAACCUAAAUCCUAAGAAAGCAUGUAGAGAGAAAAAACAACUGGUAGGGAGCAAAACCUAUGGCAGAAAUACUCCACUAUCAGUUUGGAAAAAAAAGCAACAAAUGUUCACAAAAUUACAUCAGCUGCCAGUGACACUGGAACUCUUUGAAUGAACAUUAAAAAUAAUUAUUUAUGUUUUUAAUAGUAUCAAAAAAUUCUAAGCACUAACGGGUAGCUAUGUCUUAAUUCUGUACUAAAUGUAAACUUAUUGGAACUCUGAUUUUAUGACUUUUGUAUUUGGUUCUCCCUAAGUUCUUCAAUGCUACUGAUCUGUUGUCACUCCACUAUUAGAGUUCAAUUACUGUAGGCCUUAAGCAAUUACCAGAACUGAGCAAAAGCAUCACAUGAAACUGUGGUUACAAAUGUUUGAUAAAGACUUUUCCCACUUGCCUCCUGAAUAAGAAUGACUUUUUUUAGACUCAGGCCUGAGGUGUGGAGAGCCUGCUCUCGGCUCCUCGUAGGGAGUUUCAGGAUAUAAAGACAUGCUUGGACAAAUAUCAGAGGGUUUGCUUUGCUGUCAAAUGCACUGGCAGGAUCUUCCAUCGCACUUUGCCUGUAAUGGUUGAAAGUUAAUAUUCCAAGAGUUUUAAAUGACUUACGCUCAGUAUGCACUCAGAAGUUGAUAGAAGUAUGCCAGCUGAGCUCUAGGUUGCUGCAACCUAGACCUGUGGUGGCUUCAUGAGCAUAAGACAGCUAAAAUUUGGGUUAGUCUGUGUCACCGUUAUUCUAAAGUUGGCAACACCGUGCCCCUGGUAAAUCCAUGAAUGUUAAGAAAGAAGCUUACUUCUUACAGAGCACUCCUCCUAAUUCAUACAUCUUGUCCCUACGAGAGAUUUUUAAAAACUCCUCAGAUAUUUUACUACUGUAAAAUCUAGUGUUUUUAACCCCAAGAGCCAGAUAUGCCCACCUGUAACACAGCCCAUUUAAAAACAUAAAUGUUUGCUUGUCCCAAGGGUCCUGAACUGAUUUUCUGAAAACUUGGAUUAAAAGUUUCCUUACAUCUGCACAUCUGCCUCUCUAGCAUUUGCUUCAUUCUGUUACUUUUAUUGAGAGGCUGCACAGCCAUGAGCCCUCCCCACCUGGCAUGGAAGCACUUGUCAUUCCACGUGGUGCUCCUGGGACCAGGGGCUGGUGGAUCUACUGCUCCACCUGCUCCCAUGCUGGAUUUGAGAAUGAGCCAGAAUUACCUCUGGAAUUUGUGGACCUGUAUUAUCAAAAGUAACCUAUGACUUGGGGAUCUUCAUUCGAACACUCGUGAGGACCUGCCUUUCUGACCCCAAGAACUUACUCUCUGAAAAUCAGAACCCUUGAAUGAGUCUCCCAAGGAGCAAUAUAAAACUGUUCUCUUUUUCUGAUGUUACUGUUGGUUUCUAAAUACCAGCCUUGGCAUGAACAAGUGCAACUUCACAGAAGUCAUAAAGGGCCCCCAACAUACUAGAGUCACCCCAUGUAAUUUAAAGUCCCUUUGAUUCAUGGGUAUUGUUGUUGAAUCAUAGUGAUAUACUGUACUUUCACUACAUUCUUGACAGGAAGCAAAUAAAGCUCCCAAACACAGUAAUGCACAGUCUUAUGGUACUAGAUACUGUAAAUAUAUUAGAAUAGUAUUUGUUAAGUACAAUUGAGGAAUCCAAUUAAGUUAUAUUAUUGUAUAUCGUUUAAAUGUCUAUAGAGUAUUUUAAAUUAUUGCAAACUACACUGCGUUAAAAAAAGAAAGAAAAGGUUAUAUAUUAUAACACCAACCACUCUGAAAAGUGGACCAAAGUGACACUUUCUCUCUUCUAUCCAUGCCCCUAUUUCAAAUAUCUCUGUCUGCUAUUUUAAGACCACUGUAAGUCCUAUGAUUGGGUUAGCAGCUUAGAAUAUAAUGUUUCAAAGCAUCCUAUGGAGGCUUGGGGAUGCAGCAUUCCCAAAGGUGCUGUUGGCACAAAGCAGGGAUGACCAUGGGAAUGCUUGGACUUUGAAAUAUGCCCCAAGGAGAAGCAGUUUUGGUCAGAAAACACCAUAACCACUAAUGUACCCCAAAUGUGACCUUUUAACAAAGGUGUCUGAACAGAAUUGAGUUACACGCAACUUUUAUUUUGAAAAAUGUAAUUUGAUGUCAAAGAGCUGUGACAAGAGAGGUUGGAAUGUGACCAGCAACACGUGGUUUAACCAUAGCUUAACCAUGACAAAACUCAAAAUACUGUAUUUUAUUAAAGAACUUGAGAGCAAAGAUCAGUUUGUUUACUAUGUUAAUGUUUUAUGGCAAGCAGAAAACAAAAGAUGAAACGUGUUUCCAUUAAAACUUAUUUUUUUCCCCUUCUAGUUCCUUUUCUUUUUGUUUGUUGUUUGUUUAGGAAAAAACAAAAGGCAACAAGGCCUUAUGCAAAGGCCAUUUGUGUACAGGCUUCUCUGGAUGAGGAAUGACAGGCACAUUCCAAGUCCAAAGCGGUUUUUGUGUUUUGUGACAAACAGUAAUGAAUGUGCCUGUGUGUGGUAUCACAGUCCAAAGCCAGCUACCUACACCAGUGUACAGAGGAACUGGCACAAGCACCAAGUGUGACCACCACAGACUUUAGUUGGCUGCAGUGAGAAGAAGAUACAUUUUUUGUGAAAGAAAAUAAAUGAUUUGUGAUAGAAAUGUGGCCUCCAACUCCAAAAUGGUUCUUGACCAUGAACCUCACAUAACAGAAUAGCAAGCAGAGAGGAAUAAGAAGUGUAGAGAAGAGGCUUGAAGGCCCUGGCUGAGGCACUUACACAUGCUCUGGAUUAUUCAAGAAAGUUAUGGGCACACCUGAAAGAUUUCACAGCAUUUACCUUGGUCAGAAUAGUAGCAACCUCCUUGAUACUGAGAAUAGCGUCUUCCUAUACAAAAUCUAAAGAAAAUGUACAACAUUUGCUGUAUUUACCCCUCAGGGGAGAUAUCCAGAUAUAGAUAGAGGUAUAGCCAAAUUCUACAUGAACUAAGUCCAAAAUAACUUCAUUAAAAUGAACUGAGUUGGCCUGGGUUUAUAGCAGCAUAACUAUGCACAGCAUUUUACCCACAGAUGCCAAAGAAAACACUGCGCCUUCUUUCUAAUUACAUCAUGGGAAACUUGUUAAUAGAGCUGCAGGAAGUUUUUAUAGCACAUGGUAAUAUUACAUUCGUUUCUACAAUGACAUCUGGAAAGUACACAAAACCCAUCAAAAGAUUUGCAAAUCCUUUAACAAAUCUAAAGCAUGUUGUGAGUAGGUCCCCUAAAGUUUUAAUCAUAUUUCCACAGGUUUCUUUCUUAGUUUAAGGUUAAGCCCCCGAAGUGAUGCUGAAAGUAACAAAUCAGGACCUUCCCUUGUAGCAGCUUUCCCAUGCAAAUAGCUCAGUGUGCCUUUCACUGUGGAAGGCACAGUUGGUGUUCAGCAGAAAACACUUUCUAUAAAGCUACAGAUCAUUUGCAUUCACAACAAUUUUCAUAACUAGACAGUGACUGCACGUUUCCUUCCCAACCCCUGAGCCCUUUGUUGCAGUGACAGUUCCCACAGCGAGGGCGCUGCAGUGAGUGGUGCA